UAUCCACCCACUUUGCAUUCGUUUAUCAUUGUAUCGAAAUCCUUAUUGUACAAUGGAUUCUACAUUAUUCAAGAUUCACUUUAUUCUUACGAUAUUUUCGGGUUUAUAUUUUACAGCGCGAUCGGACGAGGCGGAUGUUCAAAAAUUGGUCCAACUUCGAAAGUCGUUACUGAAAGAUUACGAAAAGCAAGUUCGUCCGGUGGUGAUGAAUACCAAUUCGACUGUGGUUAAUUUAAUUAUAUAUCCCGUGUACAUUCAAGAAGUGGACGAAGACAAACAGAUAUUUGUUAUGGACGUUUGGUUGAAUCUGGAAUGGGAUGAUAAACGGUUCCAUUGGGACGAGAAAAUUUACGGAGACAUAUCGAUAGACUUUGAAGAACAAGAAAUUUGGAAACCGGACAUAAAAGUAAUAUCGAGUUCACCAGUCAGUAACGUAGAUCCUUACGGAAACGUUUUAAUCAAUGUACAGAAAGACGGAAAAGUGCGAUGGAACCCUCCGGCCACCAUCAGAAGUCGUUGUUCGAUAGAUUACUCCGAUUAUCCGAAAGAUUAUCAAACGUGCACCGUGAAUAUGAGUUCGUGGACCAGUUUAGGAGAAGAGAUCGACCUGUACAUGUUGCUGGAAUCCGCGGACACUUCCUAUUUGGACAACGACAAUCCCAAUUGGAAGCUAACGAACAGUAAAUGUCAAAGGAUUGUUCUGAAAGACGAUUGCUGUCCGGAAUUCUUCGUAAUGAUUUCAUGCAAUUUCGUUUUGAGUCGAAAGGCCGCUUACGGAAGUGACGUAGAAUGGGCCUUUUCUUCGGUAGUCGUCCUGCUGACGUUAACAAUGUUUUGGAUGCCUCCCGAAAAAGGAAAGAAGUUACUUCUGGGUUGCACUUCUUUGCUCAUUCUGUUUGGAGAAUUAUUAUUCUUCACUUUGUCUUCUCCUUCGCGCGGAAUAGCCAUCUACACAGCGUAUUUAAUCGAACAGUCGAUAUUCGCGGUAUUGGCCGCCAUUGUGAUGGAAGUUGUCGUUCUUAAUUUGUCACGCUUGACCGUUUUCGAACCUCCCGACGCAUUAAUGGAUGUCUUUUCACGGUCUGUCAAGAAAAUCUUCUGUCUUUGUCCUCCGGAUGAAAAUAAAACAUCGAUUCAUAAAGACUGGUACACGCUGGCGUUAUUCUUGGAUAGAAUAUUCUUUCUUCUCUUCUCCAUCGUCUUUGUUUCGAUCAGGAAAUGGGUCUGAUUUUUUUUUUUAAAUUCGUUACUACAAAUUUCCUUUUUUAUAACUUAAUAAAGACUCAAUUAAAGAGAAUUUUAAGACAGAAAAAUGUAGUAUUUAUCGGUUUCAUUGUGUUUGUGCAAUGCUUGUUUGAGUAUAUAAAUAAAUAAAAAUGAAGGGAAUGUAUCUGUUCCAUAUUUUUUAAUAAAAUUGAUUUGUUUUUAAAAGUGCUUACAGUAAUUAUAAAAUAUAUAAUUUACUUUCGAACUAUACUUUGUCUUGAGAGAAUUACAUUCAUAAAAUGGAAAAAAAUUUCCGAGAGUAAUUUACUUAUAU